GCGCAACACACAGUCCACCCGAUUGCGCUUCUGAAAAGCUUAUUAUUCGCUCGUUGCUCUUACCUGUCGGCGCAGCAUUGUUUCCGAAACCAAAUCGCAAUCAUGGCGAAGAAGUGCGUUCAUAAGGGCUGCGGCAAGACGUACGAGAAUGAGAGCGAAGAGUGCCUGUAUCACCCCGGCCCGCCGGUCUUCCACGAGGGGCAGAAGGGCUGGAAAUGCUGCAAACCCCGCGUUCUCACCUUCGACGAGUUCCUUACCAUCCCACCCUGCACAACGGGCACCCACUCAGACGUAGACGAAACGCCCGCCCCCGAACCUACACAAGCGCCCGAUGUCCCCUCAAACACGCAAGUCGACCUCGGCAGCCUCCAAGAAUCUCUCCCCGCACCCGUACCCCGCGUACCCACCGCGCAGUCCGCACCACCACAGCCCGCUGCCUCGCCAAAACCGCCGGAGGAGUCAGAAGACGAUGACCCCAGUUUAGAGGUCAAGCAGGGAAUGACAUGUAGACGGAAGGGCUGUGGACAGAAGUUCAAGGGCGGCAAUCGCGAGGGAGAGACCUGCGUGCAUCAUCCUGGAGCGCCGAUAUUCCAUGAGGGAAGCAAGGGCUGGAGCUGCUGCAAGAGGCGGGUGCUUGAGUUUGAUCAAUUCAUGAACAUUGAGGGGUGCAAGACCAAGAACAGGCAUCUAUUCGUAGGAACCGGAAAGAAGGGUGGAGAGGAGAAGGUCGAGAGCGUGAGGAGCGACUUCUACCAGACAGGCACCUCAGUCAUCGCCUCGCUCUACCUUAAGAAGAUCGACAAGGAGUCCGCAAAAGUAGUCUUCCACGCCGACCACGUCGACCUCGAUCUAUGCACAUCGGACAGCAAGCGCUACGCAACAGAGUUUCCGCUCUUCGGCACUAUCAAACCCGAAGAUAGCAAACACAGGAUCCUAGGUACGAAGCUGGAGUUGACGCUGGUUAAGGCAGAUGGCGCGGCGUGGCCUGUCCUGCGCUCGGAUGAUAAGCUCACAGGCGAGAUGAUACAAGUUGGCAGGGCGGGUCGUGUAUAGGAUACCCGGACUGUACUAGGUGUCCUUCAUGGUGUUGGGAUGAGGAUAGCGCAUGGGGGUUUGAUACGGCUGACGACGAAAUCGACGAUAACGAAGGCGAUGAUUCCAUUUGUAAGUAUGGCACUGGCAAUCGCUAUCAUAAGGGCUUAUGAGAGGUUGAGAUGAUAGCGGAGCAUGCCUAUGAGAACAUGGGUAGAUAGGGCCGGGCUACAUUCAGUCACGGUAUCCAACAAAACCAACGUACAAACGAUGGCUUUGUACUUUCUCAUGUUCUGAUUGUCAGUGACCGACGC